GGAACGGGUUUGGCUGCAGGAUGGGAACAGUGUCCACCCCAUAGAAUUGGGAAGGUCGAGUGGGGUAAUUCAUGGUAACCACUUGGAAUGUAGCAUUUGGCACAAACGUGCGCUUUCCUCUUGGAGUCCUGUCUGCAAACAGCAUGGCAGCCCGAGUGCUUGUAAUUGGCAGUGGAGGAAGAGAGCACACGCUGGCCUGGAAACUUGCACAGUCCAAUCACGUCAAACAGGUGUUGGUUGCCCCCGGAAAUGCAGGCACUGCUUGCUCUCAGAAGAUUUCAAACGCUGCUGUCUCCACCAGUGAUCACAGUGCCCUUGCUCAGUUCUGCAAAGAUGAGAACAUUGAAUUCGUAGUUGUUGGACCAGAGGCACCUCUGGCUGCCGGAAUUGUCGGGAGCCUGGCGUCCGCAGGUGUGCGAUGCUUUGGCCCCACAGCAGAAGCGGCUCAGUUGGAGUCCAGCAAAAGGUUUGCCAAAGAGUUUAUGGACCGACACGGAAUCCCAACUGCACGCUGGAGAGCGUUCACCCAACCUGAAGAGGCCUGCAGCUUCAUCAUGAGUGCGGACUUCCCUGCUCUGGUCGUGAAGGCCAGCGGCCUCGCCGCCGGGAAAGGGGUGAUAGUGGCAGAGAGCAGAGAAGAGGCCUGCAGAGCCGUGCAGGAGAUCAUGCAGGAUAAAGCAUUUGGAGCAGCUGGAGAAACAAUUGUCAUUGAAGAACUCCUUGAGGGAGAAGAGGUUUCUUGUCUGUGCUUCACUGAUGGAAGGACCGUGGCUCCCAUGCCCCCAGCGCAGGACCACAAGCGACUGCUGGAGGGAGAUCAUGGCCCCAACACAGGGGGGAUGGGGGCCUACUGUCCUGCACCUCAGGUUUCUAAGGAUUUGCUGCUAAAGAUUAAAAAUGCCAUUCUUCAGAGGACAGUGGACGGCAUGCAGCAGGAGGGCUCCCCGUACACAGGUGUUCUCUAUGCUGGUAUAAUGCUGACCAAGGAUGGCCCAAAAGUUCUGGAGUUUAACUGCCGCUUCGGUGAUCCCGAGUGCCAAGUAAUCCUCCCACUUCUUAAAAGUGAUCUCUAUGAAGUGGUUCAGUCUACCUUGGAUGGCCUGCUCUGCGCAUCUCCGCCUGUCUGGCUUGAAAACCGUGUGGCCGUAACUGUUGUCAUGGCAAGUCAGGGGUAUCCAGGAGACUACACCAAGGGUGCGGAGAUAACAGGGGUUGCCGAGGCUCAGGCUUUAGGGCUGGAGGUGUUCCAGGCAGGUACAGCCCUGAAAGAUGGCAAAGUGGUGACCAACGGAGGUCGAGUCCUCACGGUGACAGCCAUCCGGGAAGAUCUCAUCUCAGCCCUCGAAGGAGCCAAUAAAGGACUGGCUGCUAUAAAGUUUGAGGGAGCCGUUUAUAGGAAGGACAUUGGCUAUCGGGCCAUAGCGUUCCUCCAGCAGCCCAGGGGCCUGACUUACAAGGAAUCUGGGGUAGACAUUGCAGCUGGAAAUCUGCUCGUCAAGAAAAUCAAACCUUUAGCAAAAGCCACCUCCAGACCAGGCUGUGAUGUCGAUCUCGGAGGUUUUGCUGGUCUUUUUGAUUUGAAAGCAGCCGGUUUCAAAGACCCUCUCCUGGUUAGUGGAACAGAUGGUGUUGGAACGAAACUAAAGAUUGCCCAGCAGUGCAACAAACAUGACACCAUUGGUCAAGACUUGGUUGCAAUGUGUGUGAAUGACAUCCUGGCCCAAGGAGCAGAGCCCCUCUUCUUCCUCGAUUACUUUUCCUGUGGAAAACUUGACCUCAGUACAGCUGCAGCUGUUGUUGCUGGGAUCGCAGAGGCAUGCGGGAAAGCUGGGUGUGCCCUCCUCGGAGGGGAAACGGCAGAGAUGCCGGACAUGUACCCUCCCGGGGACUAUGACUUGGCCGGUUUUGCCGUCGGGGCCGUGGAGCGGGACCAGAAACUGCGUCCCCUGGAGAGUGUUGCUGAAGGGGACGUGGUUAUCGGAGUAGCUUCGUCUGGUCUGCACAGCAACGGAUUUAGCCUUGUGAGGAAGAUUGUAGCGAAGUCCUCCCUUCAGUACUCCUCUCCAGCGCCCGAUGGCUGUGGCAACCAGACCUUAGGGGACUUACUUCUGACUCCAACCAGAAUCUACAGCCCCUCCCUGUUACCUGUCUUGCGUUCAGGACACAUCAAGGCCUUUGCCCAUAUCACCGGCGGAGGGCUGCUAGAGAACAUCCCCAGAGUACUCCCUCCGAAAUGUGGGGUAGAUUUAGAUGCCCAGACCUGGAGGAUCCCCACCGUCUUCUCGUGGUUACAGCAGGAAGGACACAUCUCUGAAGAAGAGAUGGCCAGAACGUUUAAUUGUGGGGUCGGGGCUGCCCUCGUGGUGUCGGAGGACCUGACAGAGCAGGUUCUGAGGGACAUUCAGCAACGCCAGGAAGAAGCCUGGGUGAUUGGCAGGGUGGUGGCCUGCCCUGAAGGUUCCCCUCGGGUGAGAGUCAGGCACCUGAUUGAAGCCAUGCGGAUACGAGGGUCGGUGGUGGAGAAUGGCACCGUGAGAAGUCACUUCUCUGUCCCACCGAGAAAGGCAAGAGUGGCUGUCUUAAUAUCUGGAACAGGCUCGAACCUCCAGGCUCUGAUAGACAGCACCCAGGAGCCCAGCAGUGCUGCCCACAUCGUGGUCGUUGUCUCCAACAGAGCCGGCGUGGCCGGGCUGGACAGAGCAGCGAGAGCCGGCAUCCCCACCCGCGUAAUCAAUCAUAAGUCAUAUCAGACCCGUGUGGAAUUUGACAGUGCAGUUGACCAAGUCCUGGAAGAGUUCUCCACGGACAUCGUCUGUCUCGCGGGAUUCAUGAGGAUUUUGUCCGGCCCCUUUGUCAGGAAGUGGAACGGGAAAAUGAUCAACAUCCACCCGUCCUUGCUCCCUUCUUUCAAGGGCUCAAACGCCCACGAGCAGGCCCUGGACGCGGGCGUCACAGUCACCGGGUGCACCGUGCACUUUGUCUCUGAAGAUGUGGACGCCGGACAGAUCAUCUUACAAGAAGCUGUCCCGGUGAAGAGGGGCGACACUGCUGCCACUCUGUCGGAGAGAGUGAAACUGGCAGAACAUAAGGUCUUCCCCGCAGCCCUGCAGCUGGUGGCCAGUGGGGCUGUCCGGCUUGGGGACGAUGGCAGGCUCUGUUAUGUCCAAGAGGAAUGACGCUGCCCAGCUCCGGGAAGAAGCCUGCUGUUCGCAUGGUGGAUUUUUAUCAUGUGCUCAGCCUGACCUUUUUUAGUGAACAGAGCUUCAUGACGAGCGAGACUGAGGUUACAUGUACAUAUUAUCCCCCGUGGUCUUGAGGUUUCACCUGUUCACGACCUUCUCGUUCAGAAUUAGGCUUGUCAUUCAGAAUGCCUCUCACUUUUAGCCAAACAAGAUCCCAAAGCUCUUAGUCUUUCUUACCCUCUUUUUCUGACCCACAUCCCCUCUGGUACUGGUAGAGUUCCCCAGGCCUGGGCAGCUGGCUGACAACAGUUUCCUCACGUUGACUGUAGUCAGCACUGCCAUCAAGUAAAUGGGAGGUCCAAGGGCAUCACUUCACACAGGUCCCUUUGCUGUAGAAACGAUCGGCUCUGGUCCUGGAGAGUUCUCUCCACGUUAAGCACCUGUUACAUAUACGCCAUACACUGCUGUGAAGUUUACAGAGAGUUAAAAAUCUAAGGGGAAAUGUUGCUUGUUGAUAAAAUCACAUACUUUAAAAGUAGAGGCCAGUGCCAUGAUGUCACUGACCAGUGUAAGCUGUGACUUCAGAAAUAAAACUUCCCAGCCCUUGCUUUGAGACUAACCUCCACUAAGAGGACCCUGGACUCCAGGCAAGACAGCUAAUGCCAUAUCUUGGGAAGACCCAAAAUAUGUCUGAAUAUCUGGUUGCCAGGAACACGCUUGAAAAUAGCAGGGACGGCACUGACAGACAGAGUCCACUCAGAAGGUGCCCCACUGCCUGGUUUGUGAGGAGCUGAGUAUUGUGUGUGGACAUGUCCAACGUGUUUAUAAUGAUACUCAAAGAGAAACGGUCAUUUAAACUAUGAAAAACUCAUAACGCAAAAAAAAAAGAACAGUAAAACCAUGUCAUUAUUUUACUGAUGUAAUAAACACAAACGUUUUUAUUA